AUGCUGCAGGCUGAAACCACCAUUAAACACAGUCGUGUAUACUUCCAAAAACUAACCCCACAAGUGCUUCGCGAUAAACCACUAGCGGGACACACAUCAUCAUCAUCAGAAGUAAUCUCAAUCUCAAUCAACAAUUGCGGCACGCGUCUUGUCACAUCACGAACUGAUAAAUCAUUACGUAUCUGGAAAUGUCUAUCUGAUCGAAUGGUCGACCCAACAAUUGUUGAAGAUGCCCAUUCAAAAGCCGUUGAAAGUAUAUCUUGGGACCCCAAUAGUGAAUAUAAUUUUGCGACAGUGGGGAGAGAUGAGUAUAUUAAAAUAUGGCGAGGUUCAACCGGCACUUUGGAGAAUGUGAUCAAGACCCCCUUGAAAAGUUUAAAAUUGAUACGAUAUUCAAUUGAUGGAGAAUUGAUGAUUGUUGUUGAUCGAGAAUCAAAUGUCUUGUGUUUUGCUGUUAAUCAAAAUUAUAAAUUGGUCAAUGAAUUUAAAGUACUGGAUUACGUAUAUGAUUUACAAUGGUUUAAUUAUGGUCAUGAAUUUUUUAUUAUAGCAUUACACGAUGGAUCGUUGCCGAUCUAUAAAGUGAUUGAUAGUGUGGAUACGGCAAUUAACAUAAAGCUAAAAGCCACAUUGACUGGCCAUCGAUCUUCCGCUACAUCAAUAGCCAUAUCACCACGAGGCCGUCAUUUCGCCAUUGGAGCCAGUGAAGGGGUAGUUAGUAUAUGGGACACCAAAUCAAUGGUCAAUUGUCGAGUCAUCACCAAUAUCGACGAAGUCGUAUCAUCAUUAGAUAUAAAUCGUGAUGGAGCUUAUAUUGCAGUUUCAUUUGAUAAAGAUUCAAACUCAAUCAUUUACGAUUUAGAAACUGGCGAAGAACUUUUUCAAGUUCCCAAUAGUGCAAGUGGUAAAAUGACUUUCAGUUCAAUUUGUUGGUUUCCUACUAAAUCGGCGUUUGCCUAUAGCUCUGAUUUCGGUACCACUGUCACUUGGAUGAAGAAAACUGAUCGUGAUAGAAGUGAUAUAAAUGAAAGAGGUGGUGGGUUGGGGUUGAAUGGACCUAGAAGGAAAUAG